UGCGAUGACCUCCUUAAGCACAAAAUAUAGAAACACAAACCUCAGAAACACAAAACCAUGCUGUCACCAAGCUCACACUUGGCAAUUUUAAUCCUCCUAUUAUCAGUUUCCUUAGCAGCGUCAGCUCCAUACGAUGAAAACUUUGUCCAAUGUCUCAGCUUCUAUUCAGACAAAGCAGCUCCAUUUUAUGCCUUAAUUUACACUCCAAAAAAUGUUUCAUUUUCCAACAUCCUCGAAUCCUCUGCACAGAACCUAAGGUAUUUGGUGCCUUCAGCGCCAAAACCAGAGUUUAUAUUCACACCCUUGUCUGAUUCACAUGUCCAAGUGGCGGUGACUUGCUCAAAGAAACUUGGUAUUCAUCUGAGAAUUCGUAGCGGUGGCCAUGACUAUGAAGGACUCUCGUAUGUUUCUGAAGUCGAGGCCCCUUUCAUGAUUCUUGAUCUGUCCAAGCUUCGCGCCAUUGAUGUUGAUAUAAAAGACAACAGCGCUUGGAUUCAAGCUGGUGCCACUAUUGGAGAAGUAUAUUACAGAAUAUAUGAGAAAAGUUCAGUUCAUGGUUUCCCUGCAGGCCUUUGCACAAGCCUUGGUGUUGGAGGGCACAUCACAGGAGGUGCAUAUGGAUCCAUGAUGAGAAAGUAUGGUCUUGGAGCUGAUAAUGUUAUUGAUGCAAAACUGGUUGAUGCAAAUGGCCAAAUCCUUGAUAGGGAAGCCAUGGGGGAGGACCUAUUUUGGGCAAUUAGAGGAGGUGGAGGAGCAAGCUUUGGUAUCCUUCUCUGGUGGAAGAUAAAGCUGGUUCCUGUGCCAGAAACUGUGACAGUUUUUACAGUUACAAGGAGCCUAGAGCAAGAUGCAACAAAGAUUCUCCAUAGAUGGCAGGAAGUGGCACCCGCUAUUGAUGAGGAUCUCUUCAUCAGAGUCAUCAUUCAACCAGCCACUGUUGGGAACAAAACUGGGAGAACCAUCACAACAUCUUACAAUGCUCAAUUUCUUGGUGGGGCUGAGAGACUCCUCCAAGUGAUGAAGGAAAGCUUUCCUGAAUUGGGUUUGACAAGAAAAGAUUUACUUGAAACUAGUUGGAUCAAGUCUGUGCUGUAUAUUGCUGGUUAUCCAAAUGGCACUCCUCCUGAAGUUCUGCUUCAAGGAAAGUCAACAUUCAAGAACUACUUCAAAGCCAAGUCAGAUUUUGUGAGAGAAGCAAUACCAGAAACUGGGCUUGAGGGACUCUGGCAAAGAUUGCUAGAAGAGGAUAGUCCCUUGAUGAUUUGGAACCCAUAUGGUGGAAUGAUGAGCAAAUUUUCAGAGUCUGAUAUUCCCUUUCCUCACAGGAAUGGAACACUUUACAAAAUCCAGUAUUUGUCUCUUUGGCAAGAUGGAGAUAAGAAUGCCACAAAGCAUAUAGACUGGAUUAGGAAGCUUUACAACUACAUGACUCCUUAUGUUUCUAAGUUCCCAAGGGAGGCAUAUGUGAACUACAGAGAUCUUGAUUUGGGAAUGAACAAAAAGAACAGCACAAGUUACAUACAGGCAACUUCUUGGGGCAAUAUGUAUUUCAAGGAUAAUUUCAACAGGUUGGUGAAAGUAAAGACCAAAGUGGAUCCUGAUAAUGUGUUCAGGCAUGAGCAGAGUAUCCCACCACUUCCAGUUUCAGGUAUGAAGCUACAAGACAUGAAAAGCAAAACUUUGGAAUGAGGCACUGUCUUGUAAAUUUGUUGUGGGUUUGAUUAGCAAAUUUAGAUGAAUAAAGGAUAUGUUUGGAUUUUGUUGUGUUUUUGGCCAUUUUAAUGUUAUAAAACACUGUUGAAGUGCUUAAUCAUUGUUAUCCAUGUGGUUGUGCCUGUGACAAUAUUGCAAGUAACAAGUGUUGUAUCACUGCUGGCGAGAAUCCUGUAGCUUGUAAGAAUCCAUCCACUCUUUUGAACAUGGCACCCAAGUGACAAAUGGAAUGCACAUUUUUAAGCGCAAAAACAACCGAGAAAAGUAAUGUGACUUUGUGUUAUCAAAAUAAGUUUUAUUCAAUAUUAAGAAAGAUUGUUAAAAUAUAA